AUGUCAGAGAAGCGACCGGACAACACACCCGCCAGCUUCCAUUUAUUCCAGAGCCUCCCGACAGAGCUCCAAGACCACAUCUGGGAUCUCGCGGUCCGGCCACUGCCUGGCGAUCGACACCUGCACACCUUCAUUGUCGUCGACCACUACUUCAAAAAGAUCGAGUGGGAGCCAGACAUCCACGCGGACUUUCUGCGAUUCGCCUCUGACCCCUCGCUGAAAGGCUGCAACUUCGGGCUGGCAGUGCCCCACGACGACGCAACCAAAGGCCCCAACCAGUCGGCCUACAGGUUAGACAGCGGGCUGUGGACAGCGUGCCAGCAGUCACGCAAGGCCCUGGAGCGCCGUUUCACCAAGAAUGAGUGGUGGUCAGAGCUGCCUUCCCCAGCAUCUCCGCCUCGCCUGGCAACGAGCGGCGACUACGCAGGCCAGCCAGGCGUCUCGCACACGGCGUCGUAUCCCGACAAGAACGGCGAGCCUAAUCACAUCACCAUCCGCCCGGAUCGAGACCUGUUCCAUCUAGUGGACGCCACAGUCGGCUGGAUAGACUGGUUUUACCACUAUGCUGGAGAUCACGUCCCGCUUGUUGAUUGUAGGGCACAGAGACCCAACGAUCCCCCGGUCAGCUUUUUGGGGAUGGAUAUUGCAAUCGAAUUUGAGGCGAAAUGGGUUGGCUGGCUACCAUCUUCCCUUGUGGACACGCUUUCGGUGCUUCAUGACGAUGCGGGCAGAACGGUGUGGUUCAUUGAUCGCCGUCUGCGACGUGCACUCCGUUCAGGCGAGCUUGACUUGAAAGAGGGUUCAAGGCCCACAACUGCCACCACUGGGGACACAUCAGAUAUCUCUGAAUUAUCGUCGGAUCCAGAGGGCAUUCAGACCUUCUACUCAUGGGGCUACGUCUUCACCGAGGUUCGACAAAAGGAUCAGCAUUUAUGGGAAGUAGAUGACGAAGAGACCAAGAUGCAAACUGUGUUCGACAUCUUCCCUCUUCUUCAAGAAGCGCAUAAUGGUCGUUUGGAAAUAGAAGGGACAAAUCGACUUCGGGUUUUGGCAUGCGAACCUGAUCCCUCGGCUCUUUAA